AUGAAAUGGCUGUACGUUCUAGCCAAGAGUGGAGAGUUGAUAAACCAGAUGGGCGAGGACAGAGCGUUCAUGUUUCAGCGCCUUGCACCUAUCAAAACUGUAAAUGAAGUUAUUUGCGUUACACCUAUCACCACUGUCAAUGAAGGUUUUAGUCCUGAACCUAUCAUCACUGUCAUUGAAGAUAUCAGCACUGCACCUAUCACCACUGUCAAUGAAGGUUUUAGUCCUGCACCUAUCAUUACUGCCAAUGAAGGUAUCAGCGCUGCACGUAUUAUCACUGCCAAUGAAGUUAUCAGCGCUGCACCUAUCACCACUGCCAAUGAAGGUUUUGGUCCUGCACCUAUCAUCACUGCCAAUGAAGGUUUCAGCGAUGCACCUAUCAUCACUGCCAAUAAAGGUUUCAGCGCUGCACCUAUCACCACUGUCAAUAAAGGUAUCAGCGCUGCACCUAUUAUCACUGUCAAUGAAGGUAUCAGCGGUGCACCUAUCAUCACUGUCAAUGAAGGUAUCAGCGUUGCAACUAUCAUCAUUGUCAAUGAAGGUAUCAGCGGUGCACCUAUCAUCACUGUCAAUGAAGGUAUCAGGGCUGCACCUUUUAUCACUGCCAAUGAAGGUAUCAGCGCUGGACGUAUCACCACUGUCAAUAAAGGUAUCAGCGCUGCACCUAUUAUCACUGCCAAUGAAGGUAUCAGCGCUGCACCUAUCAGCACUGUCAAUGAAGGUAUCAGCGUUGCACGUAUCACCACUGCCAAUGAAGGUAUCAGCGCUGCAUGUAUUAUUACUGUCAAUAAAGGUGUCAGCGCUGCAACUAUCACCACUGCCUAUGAAGGUUUUUAUCCUGCACCUACCAUCACUGACAAUGAAGGUAUCAGCGCUGCACCUAUCACCACUGCCAAUCAAGGUUUUGGUCCUGCACCUAUCAUCACUGCCAAUGAAGGUAUCAGCGCUGCACGUAUCAUCACUGCCAAUAAAGGUAUCAGCGCUGCACCUAUCACUACUGUCAAUAAAGGUAUCAGCGCUGCACCUAUUAUCACUGUCAAUGAAGUUAUCAGCGCUGCACCUAUCAUCACUGUCAAUGAAGGUAUCAACGUUGUAACUAUCAUCAUUGUCAAUGAAGGUAUAAGCGGUGCACCUAUCAUCACUGCCAAUGAAGGUAUCAGCGAUGCACCUAUCGUAACCUUAAAUGAAGGUAUCAGCGAUGCACCUAUCAUAACCGUAAAUGAAGGUAUCAGCGAUGCACUUAUCACCACUGUCAAUGGCUGUAUCAGCGCUGCACUUAUCAUCACUGUCAAAAGAGGUAUCAGCGUUGCAACUAUCAUCAUUGUCAAUGAAGGUAUCAGCGGUGCACCUAUCAUUACUGCCAAUGAAGGUAUCAGCAAUGCACCUAUAAUAACCGUAAAUGAAGGUAUCAGCGAUGCACCUAUCAUAACCGUAAAUGAAGGUAUCAGCGAUGCACUUAUCAUCACUGUCAAUGAAGGUAUCAGCGGUGCACCUAUCAUCACUGUCAAUGAAGGUAUCAGCGCUGCACUUAUCAUCACUGUCAAAAGAGGUAUCAGCGCUGCACCUAUCAUCACUGUCAAUGAAGGUAUCAGGGCUGCACCUUUUAUCACUGCCAAUGAAGGUAUCAGCGCUGCACGUAUCAUCACUGUCAAUAAAGGUAUCAGCGCUGCACCUAUUAUCACUGCCAAUGAAGGUAUCAGCGCUGCACCCAUCAUCACUGUCAAUGAAGGUAUCAGCGUUGCACGUAUCACCACUGCCAAUGAAGGUAUCAGCGCUGCAUGUAUUAUUACUGUCAAUAAUGGUGUCAGCGCUGCAACUAUCACCACUGCCUAUGAAGGUGUAAAUCCUGCACCUACCAUCACUGACAAUGAAGGUAUCAGCGUUGCACCAAUCACCACUGCCAAUCAAGGUUUUGGUCCUGCACAUAUCAUCACUGCCAAUCAAGGUAUCAGCGCUGCACCUAUCAUCACUGCCAAUAAAGGUUUCAGCGCUGCACCUAUCACCACUGUCAAUAAAGGUAUCAGCGCUGCACCUAUUAUCACUGUCAAUGAAGGUAUCAGCGCUGCACCUAUCAUCACUGUCAAUGAAGGUAUCAGCGGUGCACGUAUCAUCACUGCCAAUGAAGGUAUCAGCGAUGCACCUAUCAUAACCGUAAAUGAAGGUAUCAGCGGUGCACCUAUCAUUACUGCCAAUGAAGGUAUUAGCGAUGCACCUAUCAUAACCGUAAAUGAAGGUAUCAGCGAUGCAUCUAUCAUAACCGUAAAUGAAGGUAUCAGCGAUGCACUUAUCAUCACUGUCAAUGAAGGUUUAGGCGCUGCACUUAUCAUCACUGUCAAUGGCUGUAUCAGCGCUGCACUUAUCAUCACUGUCAAAAGAGGUAUCAGCGCUGUUCCUAUCAUCACUGUCAAUGAAGGUAUUAUCGCUGCACUUAUCAUCAUUGCCAGUGAAGGUAUCAAUGCUGCACCUAUCAUAACUGUCUAUAAAGGUAUCAGCGCUGCACCUAUCAUCACUGUCAAUGAAGGUAUCAUCGCUGCACCUAUCAUCAUUGUCAUUAAAGGUAUCAGCGCUGGAUCUAUCAUCACUAUCUAUGAAGGUAUCAGCGCUGUACCUAUCAUCACUGUCGAUGCAUGUUUCAGCGGUGCAUCUAUCAUCACUAUCUAUUGA